GUGUUUCAUCGACAACGUGGAGAAGAAUAACCGAGAACGUGUUGGUCAAAGCAGAAGCUAAUGGAACUUUGGUUUCGUAUUAUAGAGAUCAUAAAGAUAAGUAUAUGUGUUCUAAUUGUUAUAACACGAUUGUAGUAAAUGGAUUAAGCAUUUUUAAGGAACAUGCUAUAGAAUAUAAGAGGGGAUUAAAAAGACAUAGAGAGGACGAUAGCCUUUCUAUGUCUGAAAGUAUUUUUUUAUUAACUAACAUUAUUGUUGAAAGAGAAAUUAUAGGAAACGAUCCACCCAUUGUUUCAUUUUCUAAGCUUCGAUCUAUCACUAAAGGCAAGAAUGUAUUUAAGAAAGAUAUUUCACUUUUUGUAAAUUUGAUAGAACUUUUGACAGAUGCUAUAGAUGCCUUAUCACAUGCUGGUAUAAUGAUUUUACAAAGGUAUCUUGAUAAAGAGAAGACAGCUAUCAUCGAUAAUCAUCUGUCUAAGUUUCAUCGCGAAAUAUCUUUGGACAAGAAGCUUGAAAAUAUAACUCUUCACAAAUACAAUGAUCGCAUAAGAGAACGACGAGAAGAGCGUAAAAUGAAGAACACAAUGCUUCUAGACUUUUUUGAAUUAAGUCUUAAGGAUAUGAAUUCGUAUAUUAAUACUUUACAACAA